GAGUACUGCGGGAGACUGCUGUCACGAUGCCUGCGCACGGGGCAUGAACUUCAGCUCUGGCCACCCUGAGCGUCCCGCUACCACCUAAUUAGAACCAGGCCUGUGGGGGCGCGCCGGGGUCGGUACUGUUCACAACCGCUUGCGACGCCAACCCCCCCGGGGUCUCACGCCCUGGUCCCCACGGGCCUGCGCGCUCGUGCACAAACACACACACGCAGGCGCACGAAAUGAAAAGGGUUGACUCUUCAAACACCCCGCGGCUCCAGGCAUCCUUAGAUGGCUGCGCUACACGGCGUGUGGGUUUCUGUUGUGGCGUUUAUAACUGCUACAAAAAUGCCACCAUGUCACCGACAUGAGGAAGAAAAAUUCUUCCUCAAUGCCAAAGGCCAGAAGGAAGCUCUACCCAGCAUCUGGGACUCACCUACGAAACAGCUGUCUGUUGUUGUGCCUUCCUACAAUGAAGAGAAACGGUUGCCUGUGAUGAUGGAUGAAGCACUGAACUACCUAGAAAAGAGACAGAAGCAUGAUUGUAUGUUCACCUAUGAGGUGAUAGUGGUUGAUGAUGGCAGUGAAGACCAGACAUCAAAGGUCGCUUUAAAAUACUGCCAGAAAUACGGAAGUGACAAAGUACGAGUGAUAACACUGGUGCAGAACCGCGGGAAAGGUGGUGCUGUUCGGAUGGGUGUAUUCAGUUCUCGAGGAGAGAAGAUACUCAUGGCAGAUGCUGAUGGAGCCACAAAGUUUCCAGAUGUUGAGAAAUUAGAAAAGGGGCUGAGUGGACUACAGCCAUGGCCUGAGCAAAUGGCCAUCGCAUGUGGGUCUCGAGCUCAUCUGGAGAGAGAAUCAAUUGCUCAGCGUUCUUACUUCCGGACUUUUCUUAUGUACGGAUUCCAUUUCCUGGUGUGGUUCCUCUGUGUCAAAGGAAUCAGGGACACACAGUGCGGAUUCAAAUUACUGACCCGAGAAGCAGCAGCCCGGACCUUCUCGUCUCUGCACAUUGAACGAUGGGCAUUUGAUGUAGAACUGUUGUAUAUAGCACAGUUUCUUCAAAUCCCAAUAGCAGAAGUUGCUGUCAACUGGACAGAAAUUGAGGGUUCUAAGUUAGUUCCAUUUUGGAGCUGGCUACAAAUGGGCAAAGACCUGCUUUUUAUCCGACUUCGGUAUCUGACGGGUGCCUGGAGGCUCGAGCAAACAAGGAAAAUGAGUUAGUUUGCUGGCAGGGCUGGACUGCAUUUUUAUCCUACAGUCUCAUGCAAUUUUACUUGAAAUCAAGAUUUUCAAUAAAGUUUCAAUGGACCUGUUCUCACUAUCUGCCUUUGUACGUUCUUAAGAAUUAACUGCUACAAGGAAACCACGUGAUGUCUUUUUUUAAAUAUUUGUGUCAUCAGUUGGAUUUUCUUUUAUUUAGCAGUCUGUAUUUUGGCUUCUGUCCCUUAAGGUUCUGAGGCGGACACUUGGAGACCAAAGACAGGAGCAAUUUUUUUAAAGGUACCUGCACAGUUUUUUUUUUAUAAUCGUGAUUAAAUCACAACCCUGUAACAGUCAUUUAAAGAUGAAAGUUGGCUAUGAGUUUAAAUAUGGGUUUCCCUGUUGUCAAAGAGACUUUGUGACUCAGAAUGCUGGGAAAUUGUAAUAAAGAUGUGAAUGCAUCUCCGUA